AUGGCGAAACAAGAGACCCGUCAGAAAGAUGUGGAGGACAGCCUGAAUACAUACUCAGACAAGACGAUGAAUAUGGAGGAGAACAUCGGCCAGCUAAAAUCUGAAGUCGCUAUGCUACGCCAGAAGGUAGACAAGCUGGAGGGACGACAACACCGGUGUGAUGUACGCAUUGUAUGGAUAAAAGAGGGAUUCGAGAAUGGCGGAGGCCAGCAGCCUACUAUUACUAUCGCUAAACUACUACAGGACCUAAACACGCCUCAGUUUCACCCCGACCCUAGACCGGGCUCACCGCAGUCCGUGGCACUCACCCAAGGAAGGAGAACCCCCAGGAUCAUCAUGAGAGUGAGCAUCUUCCCGGAUUACACCGUGGUGGUGAUGAAAAAGAGAGCAGCUUUCUCUGAAGCUAAGCGCCUCCUCUGGAGCUACCAGGGCAUCAAAUUUGGGAUCCAGUUCCCGGCGGUGCUUCGUAUCAAUUCAUCGUCCAGCCAAGAAAAGCAGUUUGAAGACUCAUCUAAGGUGAUGGCUUAUAUCAGGAAGAAUCUAAAGUCUCAGGACAAUGUACAGGCAUCGUGGCCCCACCGCCCGCUAGAGGCCAGGAUGGCCAAUACCGGGGAGCAGCGUAUGCUGCCUGCCACUACCGAUCGCCCCCUCGAGGCCAGGAGGACCAGCGCUGAGGACCUCAUGCUGCCAUACCCCACCAAUUGCCCCCUACAACUGAGGCAGCAGCAGGAGGCAGACAUGACCCUGGCGCUGGUGAGGGGCUGGCUGGAGAUGGGGCGGCGCCCCAAGUGGACAGAGUUGUCAACGCUGGGGCCCGAGGUUCUCCAGGUGGUCCAUGGCUCUGUGGGGGUGGGGCAGUACGGGCACGCCAAGACCUUCCACCAUCUCAGGAGGUGGUUCUACUGGCCUGGCUGUCGACGAGACAUGGAGCUGCACAUACACUGCUGUGAUUCCUGCAUCCGCCUGGCCCGGGCCAGCUUCGGAGUGUGGCGGAAGAGGGCCUAUGAAAAGUUCAAGGGACCCCGAGGAAACCAAGGGGCUCGAGGUGACAGGGGUCCUAAAGGCCGUGACGGAAAACCUGGACAACCUGGAAUCCCUGGCCCCUCUGGCCCCCCUGGUCCCCCUGGACUCGGAGGAAACUUUGCUGCUCAGUACGAUGGCGCCAAAGCCCCUGAUCCCGGCCCUGGACCCAUGGGACUGAUGGGACCUAGAGGCCCACCCGGACCUCCUGGCACACCUGGACCUCAGGGACAUACCGGACAUGCUGGUGAGCCCGGAGAGCCUGGACAGACUGGCCCCGUUGGUGCCCGUGGACCCCCUGGACCCCCUGGCAAAGCUGGUGAGGAUGGUAAUAAUGGCAGACCUGGUAAGCCUGGUGACAGAGGAACCCCUGGUGCUCAGGGUGCUCGCGGAUUCCCCGGGACCCCUGGACUUCCUGGAAUGAAGGGACACAGAGGUUACACUGGUCUGGAUGGACGCAAGGGAGAGCCUGGUGCCGCUGGUGCCAAGGGUGAGAAUGGUGCCCACGGAGCCCCUGGAAGUCCUGGAAUGGCUGGAUCCCGUGGUCUGCCUGGUGAGAGAGGUCGUGCUGGCCCUUCUGGCCCUGCUGGUGCUCGUGGUGCUGAUGGAAAUGUUGGACCCGCUGGUCCCGCUGGUCCUCUUGGUGCUGCUGGUCCCCCAGGUUUCCCCGGUGCUCCUGGCCCCAAAGGAGAGAUUGGAGGAGCUGGAGCCUCUGGCCCAUCUGGACCACAGGGAUCUAGAGGAGAGCCUGGUCCCAAUGGCGCUGUUGGCCCCGUUGGUCCUGCUGGUAACCCUGGUGCCAAUGGCCUGAAUGGAGCUAAGGGAGCUGCUGGUGUCUCUGGUGUUGCUGGAGCCCCUGGUUUCCCCGGACCCAGAGGAGGACCUGGACCACAGGGCCCCCAGGGUGCUUCUGGACCUAGAGGCCUUUCUGGAGAUCCCGGUGCCGCUGGUAUGAAGGGUGAUGCUGGUAUCAAGGGAGAGCCUGGACACUCUGGACCUCAGGGACCCCCUGGACCUCAGGGUGAGGAGGGCAAGAGAGGACCCACUGGAGAGCUCGGUGCCACCGGCCCCUCUGGUCUCCGUGGAGCAAGAGGAGCUGCCGGCACCCGUGGCCUGCCUGGUCCUGAGGGAAGAACUGGCCCCAUUGGUAUGCCCGGUCCUCGUGGUGCCACCGGCCCAGGCGGCGCUCGUGGAACCCCUGGAGAUGCCGGCCGUGCUGGCGAGCCUGGUCUGACUGGUGCCAGAGGUCUCCCAGGAAGCCCUGGAAGCGCUGGACCCCCAGGAAAGGAGGGAGCUAGUGGCCCCGCUGGACAAGAUGGCCGCACUGGUCCUCCUGGCCCAACUGGACCCAGAGGCCAGCCCGGAAACAUUGGCUUCCCCGGACCCAAAGGACCUUCUGGUGAGGCUGGCAAGCCUGGAGAGAAGGGACCCACCGGCCCCACUGGACUGAGAGGAUCCCCUGGUGCUGAUGGCAACAAUGGAGCUGCUGGAGCCAUUGGAGUUGUUGGUAAUUCUGGUGAAAAGGGAGAGCAAGGAUCUGCUGGAGCCCCUGGUUUCCAGGGUCUGCCUGGCCCUGCUGGACCUGCUGGAGAGGGUGGCAAACCUGGAGACAGAGGUAUCCCCGGAGAUUCAGGAAUUGCUGGACCUGGUGGUGUCAAGGGAGAGCGUGGUAAUCCCGGUGUUGCUGGAUCUGCUGGCCCUCAGGGAUCCAUUGGAGGCCGUGGACCUGCCGGAACCCCUGGCCCCGAUGGUGGCAAGGGAGAGCCUGGCCCUGCUGGAGCCGCUGGUAGUCCUGGACACCAAGGCCCCAGUGGCAUGCCCGGUGAGCGCGGAGCAGCUGGUACUCCUGGAGGCAAGGGAGAGAAGGGAGAGGCUGGACACAGAGGACCCGACGGCAAUGGUGGAAGAGAUGGUGCCCGUGGUAUGCCCGGACCUGGUGGACCCCCUGGACCUGCUGGUGCCAAUGGUGACAAGGGUGAGACUGGUGCCUUCGGACCUAACGGCCCCGCCGGAGCUCGUGGAGCCCCUGGUGAGCGUGGAGAAGUUGGACCUGCUGGAGCCCCCGGAUUUGCUGGACCCCCUGGUGCUGAUGGCCAGCCCGGAGCCAGAGGAGAGCGUGGACCUGCCGGAGGAAAGGGAGACGUUGGAGCUUCUGGCCCUGUUGGAGCCGCUGGACAGUCUGGACCCGCUGGUCCUUCUGGCCCUGCUGGACCCCCUGGUGCUCGUGGUGAUACCGGCCCUGCUGGUUUGACUGGUUUCCCUGGUGUUGCUGGCAGAGUUGGUGCUGGUGGUCCCUCUGGUAUUGUUGGCCCCCCUGGCCCUGGUGGUCCCGCUGGCAAAGAUGGUCCUCGUGGACUCCGUGGUGAUGUUGGCCCCGCUGGUCCCACUGGAGAGCAGGGUAUGGUCGGACCAGCUGGUCUUGCUGGAGAGAAGGGACCUAGUGGAGAUGCUGGUGCUAUUGGUGCUCCUGGUUCUCCUGGACCUCAGGGUCAGCUCGGAUCUCAGGGAUUCGUUGGUCUGCCUGGAGCUAGAGGAGAUCGUGGUGUGCCUGGUGGUGCUGGUGCUCUGGGAGAGGCUGGUAGAGUGGGCCCUGCUGGUUCCUCUGGAGCCCGUGGACCACCUGGCAACAUUGGCAUGCCUGGUAUGACCGGAUCCCAGGGAGAGGCUGGACGUGAGGGAAACCCUGGUAACGAUGGACCUCCCGGCCGUCCCGGUGCUGCUGGAUUCAAGGGUGACCGUGGUGAGCCUGGUUCCGCUGGUCUCAUGGGACUGGCUGGCGCCCCCGGACCUGCUGGACCUUCUGGUGCUGUUGGAAGACCUGGAAACCGUGGAGAGUCUGGCGCUGUAGGCGCAGCUGGUCCCGCUGGAGCUGCCGGAGCCAGAGGCGGUUCUGGACCUGCUGGACCCCGUGGUGAGAAGGGAGGUGCUGGAGAGAAGGGAGAGAGAGGCAUGAAGGGUCUUCGUGGACAUGGUGGUCUGCAGGGAAUGCCCGGACCUAGUGGUCCCUCUGGUGACACUGGAUCUGCUGGACUUGCUGGACCUUCUGGACCUAGAGGCCCUGCUGGACCCCACGGACCCCCUGGCAAGGAUGGUAGAGCUGGUGCCCAUGGUACUAUUGGUGCUCCCGGUGCUCGUGGACCCUCUGGAUACGUUGGAGCCGCUGGUCCCCCUGGAAUUCCUGGUCUUCCAGGACCUCCCGGCCCCGCUGGUGGCGGAUACGACGUCUCUGGUGGAUACGAUGAUUACAGAGCUGACCAGCCUGCUCUGAGAGCCAAGGAUUAUGAGGUGGAUGCCACCAUCAAGUCCCUCAACACUCAGAUCGAGAACCUGCUCACUCCCGAGGGAUCCAGGAAGAACCCUGCCCGCACAUGCCGUGACAUCAGGCUCAGCCAUCCCGACUGGAGCAGCGGAUUCUACUGGAUCGACCCCAACCAGGGCUGCACCAUGGAUGCCAUCAAGGUCUUCUGUGACUUCUCCACUCGUGAGACCUGCAUCUACGCCCACCCUGAGAGCAUUGCCCGCAAGAACUGGUUCAGAAGCACCCAGAACAAGAAGCACGUAUGGUUCGGAGAGACCAUCAACGGUGGAACUGAGUUUACCUACAACGAUGAGACCCUCAGCCCCCAGAGCAUGGCCACCCAGCUGGCUUUCAUGCGCCUGCUGUCCAACCAGGCUAGCCAGAACAUCACCUACCACUGCAAGAACAGCGUGGCCUACAUGGAUAAUGAGAGCGGCAACCUGAAGAAGGCUGUGGUGCUCCAGGGCUCCAACGAUGUGGAGCUGAGGGCUGAGGGCAACAGCCGCUUCACCUUCUCCGUGCUGGAGGACGGCUGCACUAGACACACCGGUGAGUGGAGCAAGACAGUCAUUGAGUACAGAACAAAUAAACCAUCUCGCCUGCCCAUCCUCGACAUUGCACCUUUGGACAUUGGUGGAGCUGAUCAGGAGUUUGGUUUGGACAUUGGCCCAGUCUGUUUCAAAUAAAUAGACUCAUGAUAAAUUAACACCAAAAAAGAGAGAAAGAAAGAAAAACGAAAAUCCCUGCCCUUCUUUCAAUGUUGUUUUUUUUAUACUGAAUGCUGAGUACUCUCUGCGCAUCCACUUGCUUAAGCUGGGCAACUAUCGGAGUGGACUGAUCGGACUGAGCGGAGCGUUUGUGCAAUGCAAAUUAAUACAGCAACCCAAAGGGACGCGGGAAAACACCUUGUUGUGGGACAUCAUGUCAUCAUUUUGUAAAAAAUAAAAGAAGUGUAAUAAAAACGCUGAAAGUAUGCAUCACUUUGUGGUCUUUGUAUAUCUUCCAAAGAGGAGGUUUAAAACCACAAUCUCCAUGAAUAAAAGAAAAAAAGGUUUAAACUACCUCAUGCCUGUACUUAAAGAAAAUACUAUUGACAAAACCUGGGGUCCGCAACCGAGAUGUUACGAGUGUUAAGGCUUCAAGCUUUGUCCCGUAUCGGAAAAGGUGCUCAAUUACUUGAAGCAGAGAUCUAUGGUGCUAAUAUGCAGCUGUGGAGCGAAACCACUUGUUCACUGUAUUACUUUGUAUUGACCUUUGAGGAGUCUUGUACAGGUCCCGUCCCCCCCCCCCCGAUACAACCCCGUUUUAAGCAGGUGGACUGUUCCUAAAUCUGAUGUCUGUCUGGUUUUGCUUGUUUUUGUUUUUGUUUUGUUUCUAAUUUUAUUUCCAAAUUGUCUAGCAGGUUUUUUUUUUCCGGUCAGGCUUUCAAAUCUUCCCACACCCAGUGUUCAUACUGAAAUCACAAAUUUUACCCAAAUCUGAAUGGUUUUUUUUUCUUCAGGCGCCCUCUCUCACUCUCGCUCUCUCUCUCUCUCUCUCUCUCUCUCUCUCUCUCUCUCUCUCUCUCUCUCUCUCUCUCUCUCUCUCUC